AUGGCCGCUCCUCCCGCUCCUCUUCCGUCUACGACAGCAAACUGGCACUGGAAAAACAAGAACAUCACCAAGUGGGGAGAAGAUUGGUUUGAACAGGAGCUCAUGAGCUUGAGAAUAGAAGGUGAUAAAGAAGGUGAAGCAGUCUGGAUAGCGAAGGUCUUCAGUGUAUCUGGCGAUGUAGAGCUGGGUCAAAGAAAGUCCAAACUUAUCACAAUCUAUGAUUGCGAACUUAAUCUAGAGUGGGAGGGUACCACCAGCGAUGGUACUGAGGUCAAGGGGCGCCUCAACAUCCCAGAGGUGUCCCACGAGAUUACUAUGGACGGCCUCAGCCAAUACCAAUUCUUUUGGACCCUGAUAUCCGCGGAAUCGCCAGAAAUCAACGAAUUGUAUGCGAUGGCUAAAGCGCGCUUUCCUAAAGCUCUCGAGGACGUGUUUGCGAAAUUCCCGGCGGCCAUUUUCGAGACUCAUGGGAAGGACUUGACGGUCAGUACUGAGCCGAGUCGUGCGAACACACCUGGACCAGCGGCGGCGGCAACACCACCGACUACCUCUGCGCCUACGCCCGCGCCUGAAGCCGCGCCGAAGCCUGUGAAGAAGGAACCCAAGACGGUCAAUACAGCUACGGUCAUUGCCGAUGGAACUUUCAAAGCCACUGCCGAUGAUCUCUUUGGUUUGCUUACGGAUGAAAAGAGGAUUCCGAUUUGGACUCGAGCUCCCGCAAAGUCUGUAGCCCAACUGGACACAGAGUAUAGUCUAUUUGGAGGUGGUGUGAAGGGGAAAUACGUCUCCCUCACGCCACCGAAAGAGAUAGUGCAGUCUUGGGCACUUUCCAGCCCUACGUGGCCAUCAGACCAUACCGCGACCUUGACCACGACACUUGAUCAGUCGGAUGAUUCGACCAAGAUUACGUUCACCCUGUCUGGUGUCCCACUCGGCAUGGAGGAUGAGAUCAAGCGGAAUAUAGAGGGAUACUAG